GUCAGUGACAGGGUCCGGCAUGGAGGGUAAAAUGCUAGCUGCGUAUUUUGACGUGCCCGGAGGACCAGAGAAUUUGUACAUCAAAGAGGUGGCUAAGCCUGUCCCAAAAGAAGGGGAAGUUCUUGUUAAAGUCCAGGCCAGCGCUCUCAACAGGGCAGACUUAUUGCAGAGAAGGGGGAAGUAUUCCCCUCCCCCGGGUGCCAGUGAGAUUGUCGGCUUGGAAGCGGCAGGCACAGUGGUGGGCUUUGGUCCUGGUGCUGAUGGGUUCUGGAAGGUUGGUGACCCGGUGAUGGCUCUCCUUCCUGGAGGGGGCAAUGCGCAGUAUGUCUCGGUACCCCUGGGUCAACUCAUGCCCAUUCCAAGUGGUAUGAAGACAACGGAAGCCGCUGCCAUCCCCGAAGCUUGGCUCACGGCUUUCCAGCUGCUGCACCUUGUAGGCAAGGUUCAGAAGGGCGAGACUGUCUUGAUACAUGCUGGCGCCAGCGGGGUUGGCACCGCCGCCAUCCAGCUGUGCCGACUGGCCGGGGCUGUACCCAUUGUCACGGCUGGAUCCUCGGAGAAGCUUCAGAUCACUAAGAAACUUGGGGCUGCUGCGGGUUUUAAUUACAAAGAGGAAGAUUUCGGUACAAAGUGCCUUGAGUUCACAAACAAUGUUGGAGUUGACGUUAUAUUAGACUGCAUAGGAGCCACACACUGGCAGAAGAACCUUCAAUGCCUUAACACAGAUGGCCGCUGGGUGGUCUAUGGGCUCAUGGGAUCUGGCGAGAUUAAUGGGGAUCUGCUGUCGAAGCUGCUUUGGAAGAGAGGAAGUAUCCUGGGAAGUCUGCUGAGAUCCCGUACCAGUAAGUACAAGGCCGAGCUGGUGAAAGCGUUCACUGAGAAAGCUCUACCGUACUUCAGCCCUGGCGGUCCUAUUCAACUGCAGCCGAUUGUGGACAGCGUGUUCCCCCUAGACAAGAUCCCAGAUGCUCAUCAACGCAUGGAAGACAACAAAAACACGGGCAAAAUUGUUUUGCAGAUUCCACAGUGACAGUCGGUCUGCAGGGCGAAAUUUUGAAACCGGUUCGGAGCAAUUAUGGGGUAAAAUAAGAGGCAAAUUGCACCAAACCUGGCUUUAGGCUCCA